GCACGCUCUUGCUGUUUGUUAUGGACACACGACGGUUACCUGCGCAACGAGGAGACAACGUUUUUCCGUUCUGAUGUAAAAGUUCAGGAUUUGAUUGUAAAAUUUACGUUACAAUCGUUGUAAUUUUGUGCACAAGCAAUUGCAGUGAUUUUCGAUACCACUAAAACAAUCCAGAAAUGAGUGAGGAAACGAGCAAAAAACCAAUGACCGACGAGGAGCGUCUCCAGCUCGCCGCCAAGCUGGACAAGGAACUCGACCAGUUCAUAAACUCGCGGGAAAAACGUAGCUACACCGAUGGAUGGCCCGAGGACCGCUGGGAGGAGGAGAUGGCCAAGCAUCCGUUCUUUAUGACCAAAGCCCCGGAACCUGGCGAAGAGCUCAGCCCGCUGAUGAAAGGUCUCCAGCAGCUCAAGUACGACCCCGAGGAAAACACCGCCCAGGAACUGGCCGAAGCGUACAAAGAGGACGGCAAAUGGCACAUGCAGAACAAGCAGUUCCGGCUGGCCGUCUGGAGCUACACGGAAGCGCUCAAGUUCAACGUGACCGAAGCGGAGUACAAAUCCGUGCUGUACAACAACCGUAGCGCGGCCCACUUCUUCAUCAAAAACUACCGAUCCUCACUGCUGGACGCCCAAAAAGCACUGGAACUCAAACCAGACUACGAAAAAGCCCGCUGGAGGGCCGCCCAGUGCGCGGAUCACCUCAACCGGUACGACCUGUGCGUCGAACUUUGCGACCAAGUCCUGAAAGCCGAACCAACGAACGCGCAAGCGCUGGAGUUGCGCAAAAAGGUCAUCGCGCGCAAGACACUCAAGGAGCGGGACGAACGCAAAGCGGAACAGGCCAAGCGCCGGAAGGUGGAGCAGUUUGCGCGAACCGUUGAGCAGCUCAAGCAGCGAGGCGUUAAAUUUGAGGAAAAGGACGCGCUGACCAACGAGGCGCGGCUGAAGCCUCGGCUCGCGCCGCUGGAGGACUUUAUCGUGACGGCGGACAGCAACGGCGUGCUGCACUGGCCAACGGUGUUUUGCUAUCCGCAGUUUCUGAGUACCGACUUCCAGCAGCAGCUGUCCGAGGAGUUGACGAUGGAGGAGGUGCUGCUCAACAUGUUCGCCGAACCGAUGGAACUCGACGAGGACGGCCAGUACGCGGCGCACACGGUGAACGUGUACUACGAGAACCGCAUCUCGGCGGUCGUUCGCAAGGUGGACCUCAAGAUGAAGAUCAAGGAUAUCUUGAAGGAGAAAACAUUCUAUGUGUAUGAAGGAACGCUUACAUUCUACAUCUUAGUCAAGGGAUCGCCCUACGAGGCGCUCUAUCUAGGGGAGACUCGGACGCCGCUCAAACUGAACAAGUAGUUUCGGUUAAAACUACAAAACGGACCACAGAGCACAUAAUCAAAGUUUAGCACUUGAAUAGAUGGUAACACCUAUUUAUUACUGCUUCCCAGA